UCUACAAGAUAACAACGAACAGCGAGAGAGAGAGAGAGAGAAAUGGCGAGCUUAUCUUCUUGCUUCGCUCUUCCCUGCAAAUUCAAAACCCUAUCACUCAAUCCCUCUUCUUCUUCUUCUUCUUCUUCUUCUUCGCACGGUCGCGUCGCUUUCAAUUCGUUCGGAUUCUCCGCCACCAUCUCCGCCGACGCCUUCGCCGGAGGUCGCCUGUCGGUGAGCGGCGGCGGCGGCGGCGGCGGGAGGUGCCCGCCCCGCUUCUCCGUCGCGUGCGAGGCCGCUCCGGCGAAGAGGGCGGACUCCGCCGCCAAGAGGGCUCGCCUGGCCGAGAAGAGGCGCGUGUACAACAAGGCUCGUAAGUCCGAGAUUAGGACGCGGAUGAAGAAGGUUUUGGAAGAGCUAGAUGGGCUUAGGAAGAAACCUGAUGCACAAGCUGAGGAGAUCCUGCAAAUUGAAAAGUUGAUUGCGGAGGCUUACUCUGUCAUCGACAAGGCGGUGAAGGUGGGAACAUUGCACAGGAACACCGGGGCGCGCCGAAAGUCUCGGCUCGCCAGGAGGAAGAAGGCCGUGGAAAUCCACCAUGGCUGGUAUACCCCGGCGCCGGCUGCAACCGCUUGAUAAUUACUUCUCUAUAAAACCUAGAAGGAGGUUAUGGAAA